UGGGAGGGCCGCGUGGUCGCGCAUCUUGCGGCCUAGCGCCGGGGGGCGUCGCCUGCGCGCGCAGUGGAGCGUAGUGCGCCGGCGCGCGGCGAGUCCUGUCUUCGAGCACCGGGGCGGGGCGCGGCGCGGCGGGGCGGGGCCCCCUCGUGCAGCGGUGCGGGGCCGUGAGGCGGCCCGGGCGGUUAGGGCGCGGGGGCGGAGAGGAUGGAGCCCCCGAGGCGUUAGCCGACUCUGUCAGGUCUGGGCGUGCAGCCGUAGUUUUGUGGCGCGGCCCGUGUGAUGGUGCCGGGAGGAAGGAAGCGCCGUGACAGCGCCUGGGUCGGAGUUCGGGUUCCGGGGUUGAGAAGGCCCGGGAACGGAAGAUCUGGCGAGCUGGCCGCUGGCUGGGCGAGCGGUCACAAUAGGAGGCGGCGGCCCAGCGAGGAGCUGCGGGAGUAGCCCCGCAGGGCGGAGCCUCCCCUCGCAGAUAUCUCCCGGGGCCAAUUCAGCACCUCUACCUGGCCAUCCUAACAAGGUGAUUUGUGAAAGGGUGAGACUUCAGAGCCUGUUCCCUCUCCUCCCAAGUGAUCAGAAUACUACCGUUCAAGAGGAUGCUCACUUCAAAGCUUUCUUCCAGAGUGAAGACAGUCCAAGCCCCAAGAGACAGCGCCUCUCUCACUCAGUCUUCGAUUACACGUCAGCAUCACCAGCUCCCUCUCCACCAAUGCGACCAUGGGAGAUGACAUCAAAUAGGCAGCCCCCUUCAGUUCGACCAAGCCAGCAUCACUUCUCAGGGGACCGAUGCAGCACACCUGCACGCAACAGAAGGAGUCCUCCUGUCAGGCGUCAGAGAGGAAGACGGGAUCGUCAGUCUCGACAUAAUUCCAUUAGUCAAGAUGAAAAUUAUCACCAUCUCCCUUAUGCACAGCAGCAAGCAAUAGAAGAGCCUCGAGCCUUCCGCCCUCCGAAUGUAUCUCCCCGUCUAUUACACCCUGCUGCUCAUCCGCCCCAGCAGAAUGCAGUGAUGGUUGACAUACAUGAUCAGCUCCAUCAGGGCAGCGUCCCUGUGUCUUACACGGUGACGACCGUCGCGCCCCAUGGCAUCCCACUCUGCACGGGCCAGCACAUCCCCGCCUGCAGCGCGCAGCAGGUCCCGGGGUGCUCCGUGGUCUUCAGCGGGCAGCACCUCCCCGUCUGCAGUGUGCCUCCCCCCAUGCUUCAAGCAUGUUCUGUUCAGCACUUACCAGUACCGUAUGCUGCAUUUCCACCCCUUAUUUCCAGUGAUCCGUUUAUUUUACAUCCUCCCCAUCUUUCUCCUCAUCAUCCUCCUCAUUUGCCACCUCCAAGCCAGUUUGUCCCUUUCCAAACACAGCAGUCACGAUCGCCUCUGCAAAGGAUAGAAAACGAAGUGGAACUCUUAGGAGAACAUCUUCCUGUGGGAGGUUUUACUUACCCGCCAUCUGCCCACCCCCCGACAUUACCUCCAUCGGCUCCUUUGCAGUUCCUGACACAUGAUCCUUUGCAUCAGGAGGUUUCAUAUGGAGUACCUUAUCCUCCAUUUAUGCCUCGGAGGCUCACAGGACGCAGUAGAUACCGGUCCCAGCAGCCCAUACCACCUCCCCCCUACCAUCCCAGCUUACUACCAUAUGUGUUAUCAAUGCUUCCAGUGCCACCUGCAGUGGGCCCAACUUUCAGCUUUGAAUUGGAUGUGGAAGAUGGAGAAGUAGAAAAUUACGAGGCCCUGUUAAACCUAGCAGAGCGACUGGGAGAGGCCAAGCCUCGAGGACUGACUAAAGCAGACAUCGAACAGCUUCCUUCUUACCGGUUCAAUCCUAACAACCACCAGUCAGAACAGACUUUGUGUGUAGUAUGCAUGUGUGAUUUUGAGUCAAGGCAGCUACUUAGAGUUUUACCCUGUAACCAUGAGUUCCAUGCCAAGUGUGUCGACAAAUGGCUUAAGGCAAAUCGUACUUGCCCAAUCUGCCGAGCUGAUGCUUCAGAAGUGCAUCGGGAUUCAGAAUGACCAGCCUAAGAGCACAAAUUCAUUUUGGGUGUUCCUCGUCACGUGUAUAUACGGACUGUCCAUUGAACGCAGUCUGUGUGGCUCCCGGCCUCCCUCACCAAAAGGGUCAAUGGACCUUUCUUUGCACUGUGUGACUUAAUCAACUAUAAAAGCUUACAAUUAGUCUUCACAAUUACGGGAUUGUUAUACUAACCGUGUGAUUGGAACUCCAAAGACUUUUUCUUUAGCUUAAUUUUGUGUGUGCACUAACAUUCCCUGGUUUUUGUGUGAUCAUUCCGAGUGUUGCUGCAAGAUUACAGUGGACGUGAUCUUUUAGCAUGUGCUUUCAUAAAAAGUGGUAGCUCCAGAUGAUAUAGCAAUCUACCUUAUAUAGAGCCUUCAGAAACUGUGAGUGGAAAUGAGUGCAGCGUAUGACUGUUGAUGGUAAAUGUAUCUGUGUGUGUGAGAGAGAGAAUGUGUGAAACUACUUGUGUGAGGGCAUGGUAGCUAAUGUGUGUAUGAGAUCCUAUAUACCAGCAUGUACCAAGAAUGUGUGUGUAGUUUUAAUUAUGCUGCAAUGUAUACUCUGGUGUGUUAUUUAAACAGCACUAGUACUGUACACUGGUUUUCCCCCUCGUGUUUGCUGUUGCACACUGAUCGCUAAGGUGCAUCAACUAUGAGCAUCGAAUACUCCAUCCCUCCCCUCCCAGUGAGUGGAAUGAGAAAAGCCUUCUUCCUUUGCUUCAGGCAGCUGUCACCUUCUCUUCGUUGGUAGUCCCAACUGGGUCACUUAAGGAAAAAGUGUAAUAGAUUCUCACUCCAUGAACCUGAAAUUUUGAUUUUGUCGUGAAAAAGAAAUUUUUAAAUUUCCAACUUGCUGUUUCCAAAAGAAGGUGCAAUAUCAUACAUCAUCAGUUAGCAAUAUUAGCAUUUCAAUCAGUGAUUUGAAUGUUGAUACUCUCUUGGUUUCCCUUCACAUUUUCAGUGAGCUUCUUAGCCGGAAGUGCUUGUGAUUCUUUUUUCUUUUAAUGUUUCGGUUUGUAGUCUAUUCUGAAGAUGUUUGAGUAAUAUAUUUCUAAGAACACCACUGGUCCCAUGAAGUGUCACCACCUCUGCUUCCACCAGAAAAAAAUCUGUUAACUCAGCUUGACUUCUGAUAUGUUAUUUGUUCUAGCUCCCACAGGCAACUAAACUGUUGGAAGAAAACUAUAUUUCUGUUCUGCCAAGCUCCAGUUCUGAAAGUUGUCUAGUUCUUCCCCCCUCAGGAGACGUGCUUCUCAUGGAAAUCCUCAUUUCCAGGAUGGAUCAAGUGCUGUGACGGCUCGAGUUCCCUAGACCUGGUGUGCUUUGAUGUUUUAUCACUUUUCUUUUUUGUUGAAUGAGAAAAAAAUUAAUAUAACAGGUGUCCAGAAUACUUGCAGGAUAAAUGAAGAUUUGAUUUCUGUGUACAAAACAGUGCUGUAAAACAGGAAUUGACCUGCGUUUAGUUGCUCUGAAAAGAAUACAUAGCUGCGCGGGUUUCUUUCUUUUUUUGAUAGGUUCCUUGAGCGUAAUUGAGGUUUAAAGUCAUUUUUCCCAGCAGUGUGUGGAUUCCCCUCUCAUUCUCCCGGUGUGCUCACCGCUGUCUGCCUCUCCGUCCGCUGACAUCCUCGCUCCGUUUGCAGCAGCACGCGCUGCAGCCCUGCGGUCAGGACCGCGACGACGUGCUGCCGGCCUCAGCGUUCAGUCGGCUCUGUGUCCGUUUUCUGCUCAGACAGUGUUAACUACUUGUUACUGCCAUGCUCCUUGCCUUCCCUUGAAGACUGUAAGCUCACCACAGCUUAGAGUUCAGUAAAGUCAAUUCACACAGAAGCACAAUUUUGCCCUUUUCCAGACACUGUUGCCUCUAUCUCGUCCUACAAGUAGGAUUUUGCAUAGUUUGUUUGCCCCUGUAUUUGUCAGUGCAUCAGAAAUACAUCUAAACAGUGGUAAAAUGCACAUGUUACUUUUAAAUCAUUAGAGUAUUCCCUACCUGUUCAUAAUGAAUAAAGUGUGUUAAAGACCAAAAUUAUUGGCGUAAUAAUCAACUACAUUACAAAUCACGUAUAGUUUAAUCUUUAUUUUUUUUAAUUAAAAAAUCAUGUUUAAAAUGGCAAAAGCCCAUCUUAUACAUAGACUCUUUUAUAUAGCUGCAAAAAAUUUAUAUCUGUACAGAUCUAACAUAACAUUACUACACUCAGUAUUCAUUUUAUUGAAGCAUGCAAGUAAAGCACUUUUUCUAAUUUAUAUAGAUACUUAAUUAACAAGGCACACUGUACUAAUGACUAGGAAAAGUAGCUCUUUCUUCCCUCCCUGGGAUGAUGAAUUCUUGUCAUAUACCCCUUUUCCAUUAAAUUUCUGAGAGGCCGUUGGCAAUUUAGGAGGCAGCAGGGUCUGUUUUGGUAAAAUCCAGAAUUGUUGCACUCUUGUGGCUGAUCUCUCUUUGGGAAUGUCUUUUCUUCGCAUGGGGCUCUUAGAGAUGUGUGCAGAUUUGCUCAUUAAGUAGUUAGUUUGUGUUAGGAGCGUACAUGCAUGUGUUCCGAACCAGCUCAGCCUAGCCACAGUUAGCAACCGUGUGGCUAGCAGCAGAGAAAGAACGGUUGAUUUGUACCCAGCUGUGGACUCCUUAGGUGAUGCACCAGAUAGCAGGCAGAUUGUUUCUUGCCUUCUUCCCCUUUCCUCCUAAAACAAUAUUGGCUUUACCACCUUAACUCUGCUGUGUUUUUUGUUUUCCUUUGCAUGAAAUACCACCUUUGUUUGUUUUUAGCACCCCCUCUUCCCCAAAAAGAAAAAAAAUGAAAAACAAGGCCUCCAGGUAUCAAGAUCUCAUUAGGGUUUUCUGUCCUGAAUUUUUUCAAGCAAAAUCUAGAAAAUGUGAAAGCCUAUUUAGAUUUUAUACACUCUCUGAAAUGUGAUUUGUUAAGAUUCUUAUAUUUGGGCCUCUUAUAAUAUUUUAAAUGAGAUCUACCAACUCAUGAAAAUAUUUUUCACAGAUAUCUUUAGGCCUUUAUUAGAAAGCUAUUUUCCCCCUGUUGGUACAUUUGGUUACCUCAUUUUGCUGUUUGUUUCAGAUUAUGGAAAGCUCACAGGGGUGUAUUUUGGAAUCAUUUGCUGAGUCAUUUCCUCAAAUCAUACUCCAUUGUAUCAGUUAACAUAUAGUUUUAAAUGUACGUAUUAUAAAUAUCUGUAACCAAAUCAUUUGAAGGCUUGAUAAAUUUUUAACAAAGUUUGUACAUUUUUUAUGAAAGUUACUAGUAAUGCUUUACUAAGUAGUGCAAUGAAUUUUUAUUUUUAAUCCCUGUGCCCAAUUUUGGAGUUGAGAGGGUUGUUGGUAAUAAAUGUAUGAUGUACACUUAAAA